AUGACCGCUGUAAACGGAGCGCCGAACGGCGCCGCUGCCACUAAUGGACACCCCAAGGACGCCUACUCCAUGGAAGCCGAGACGAGGAAGUCGCUCGCAAGCCUGCUCCAGCUUGCGAAGACCCAGAUCCCCAUCGAGUGCAGAGACGUCAUCCAGAAGGCCAAUUUCACCACCGCGAACACGGGAAGCCCGUACUUUCCAUGCCCCUUCAAAGAGACGGAGGCUACGUCGGCCUUGAAGGCCGUGGAGGCGGGCAUGGCCGCUGCCAUCGCCAACCUGAUCUACGGCGAGAAGGACAGGCAAAUCACCGUCGAUCUCGACCGCGCCUCUUCGUUUCUUUUCUCCGCAUACCUCUCCACCGUCGACGGCAUGAACAAGGCACACCCGGACGUGAAGUCGAAGCUGAAAGACACCGACCUCCUGCAAGCGCAAUCCAUCCUUUACCGAAGACUCUCCGCGAAUCUGUACGAGACCAAGAACCCGGGCGAAUACUUCCAUCUUCACGGUUCUCUUGAGGCGACGACCGCCUUGAACAUGGUUGGCCUUGAAGGACACAGACCGGACAUGACGGAUUAUAUGGGGUGUAUCAAGCUCAUAGAAAGCCACGUUAAACAAUUUACUGCUGAAGAGCUCGAGAAGAUGAAUGCGGAGAAGAGGCAAGCUGGAGUCACGGCUUUGAAGUGGGAGGAAUUCAAGGAGACAAGUCAUGGCAAGACAUUGCUGCAGGAGCCCCCGUGGAGAGUCGAGCAAAUAGAGUCGGAUUCUCCGCCCGUGCCCUUCCCCGGCCUCUCCACCGCAGCACCGAAGCCUCAAGUCCUUGCUGGUAUCAAGGUUCUGGAGCUCUGCAGGAUUAUUGCCGGCCCCGCCAUGGGCCGCGGCCUCUCGGAAUACGGCGCGGAUGUGAUCAAGGUCACUUCGCCAGAUCUUCCCGAUGUUCCUUUCUUCCAGGUUGACGGAAACUUGGGCAAGCACACGGCGGACCUGAACCUGAAGAAGCCCGAGGAUCGCAAAGUGUUUGAAGAACUUCUUGAGACCGCUGAUGUUAUUUUGGAUGGCUACCGUCCCGGCUCGCUUGAACGUCUUGGAUACGGCCCGAAGCAGCUCAUUGAGCUCGCCCAAAGGCGCAAGCGCGGUAUUGUCUACGUGGCUGAGGACUGUUUCGGACAUGUUGGCGAGUGGGCAGGUAGACCAGGGUGGCAACAGAUUGCGGACUGUGUGACUGGUGUUGCAUGGGCGCAGGGACAGGCCAUGGGCUUGAAUGAACCGGUCGUUCCUCCGUUCCCCAUGAGCGAUUACGGCACUGGUUGCAUGGGCACCAUCGCCGCGCUCGUCGGGCUGUACAAGCGCGCCAAAUACGGUGGAUCCUACCAUGGUACAACGUCGCUCUGCCAGUACGAUAUUUUCCUCUUACAGCAGGGGCUCUACUCGAAGGAGUUGAUGGACAAGCUUCGGAAGGUGCACGAUCCGGCAUUCUUUGAGCUGAGACACUACGACUCAGUGGACGAGGUGGGCAAGCGUGCGCUGAAGACGAUGAGGCUGACACAUCCCGAACUGUUUGAGAGCAAGCAUCUCUUCGAGAGCUACAGCCGGGGUUUCGAUGCGCCUGUCAAGUUCGUCCGGCCGGUUUCAGAAGUCGAGGGUACGUGGAACGGCUUCCUGCGCAACUCGAGACCCAACGGAUUUGACGCGCCGACGUGGGAAGGCUGGGAGGUGGACGAGGAGAUGUUGAAGUGCUGA